AUGGGUAAGCAGUUCACUGGAAAAUAGUGUUAUUUUUAUAGAUUUGUGUUUAAAAUCAACUAUAAGCAGAAAAACUCCUGCAAUAAGAUAUAAAUGAUUCCUUCUUUAUUUGUUUGCCUCUCUGAGCGUUUCCCACGAAUAGUGUAAAUAGAAUAAGCUGUUCACAAUCAAAAUACAACACUGAAUAACGAAACUUGCUUGUUCUACGAUUCGAUAAGUGAUGCAAUGUAAACAUGGGGGAUUUGCUAAUAUUUAAAACAAAGAAGUACACAAAUAGAUGUCAUCUGAGUAAACAAAGUACUUCCUUUGUAUAGUUAAACUAGCUUGCGAAUUCAAGGAACGAGAGAGGGUAAGACAUCAAAAUCGGGCAAGACAUUUACAUCAAAAUGAUUAAUCACAGGUAACGCUGUUUAUACGAAUGACUUGCACUCAUUAAGCAGUAAUUGGAAAAAAGAAGGUUUGAAAACGAUUUAGAAGUAUCUAAAAAGACAAGAUGGAAGCCAACAUUCAGUACUUAGAGAAACGGUUGGCAACGCGCUCUACAGCUCUUUCCGUAGUUGAAACGGUUCUAUUCGCUGUUAUGAUAAUUGGGACUGUGCUUGGCAAUUGUAUGGUUUGUCGAGCCGUAUUUAGGAAUCCAAGGCUUCGUACAGUGACCAACUAUAGCGUGCUUCUUUUGGCGUUUUCCGAUCUCGCAAUGGGUAUCCUGGUCAUGCCUUUGCUGUUGAUCGUUUCCCUGACAGGGGGAAUGCCCUUCCCCAACACGGUCUGUCAGAUGGAAGGGUACGUGGCGACAAGCCUUGUAUAUACCUCAGUCCUUACCGUUACUUUUAUGGCGGUUAAUCGAUAUUUCAAAAUUGUAAAGACAAGUCAAUAUCGUGUGAUAUUCACCCGUAAGAAAACGCUUUGUAUGCUGAUAGUUAUCGUUGUCGUCGCAUGGUCGGGUCCCAUGAAUACGCUAGCACAAGGUCAGACCUUUGAGUACCAUCCGGGUAAAAUGUUGUGCAUGUACAGCUACCGCCAGAUGAGCAAGCUCCAAUUCAUUUUGUUGGUUAUUUUCUACUUCUCCAUACCGUACUGCGUGACGAUCUAUUGCUACAUGUCCAUAUUCCGCUCGGUUCGUCAGCACAAUGCUGUUUUGAAUCAAGGAGCGGAUUCCCACCUUCACAUCGCAGUCAACCGCAAAGAGGUAAGCGUUGCAAAGACUCUCUUUGCCAUAUUCAUGGUGUUCACGCUCGGUCUGAUGCAACUGGCAGUGAUAGACUGUCUAGAGGUGUUCUGGGGAGAGUACUCAAGGUAUAGGCAGACAUACGUAAUGUAUACUGUCAUGUGCGCUAUGGCAAGCGCAAUUAACCCUGUGAUAUAUGGCCUAAUGAACAAGACAUUCCGGCGAGAGUAUAAAAGGACAAUUUACUGCGGAAUACUGGCUAAUAGAGUGAUUAGAAUCCGAGCGCCUUAGAGGCUUUGCGAUAAUAACAAAGUAUACAAUUCGACUACAGGAUAUAAAACACGGACUAGAGGAUGUAAUACAUGUGCGCACACGGGCUAUAGAUGUAACACAUGUGCGCACACGGGCUAGAGGAUGUAAUACAUGUGCGCACACGGGCUAGAGGAUGUAAUACAUGUGCACACACGGACUAGAGGAUGUAUAACAUAUGCGCACACGGGCUAGAGGAUGUAACACAUGUGCGCACACGGGCUAGAGGAUCUAACUCAUGUGCACACACGGGCUAGAGGAUGUAACACAUGUGUAGAGGAGUCAAUAGCACUAUCGCUCAUUGUCUAGAGGAUAAGAGCUGCGUGUAACAAAUCGUACCACUAUAGUUUUUUUUUUUUGAGUGGAACAUUUUAUGGACUCAUUCUGUAUUAGUCCAGACAGUGUUUUAUUUAAAAAAACAUGAUGGUUAUUCGUGCAUAUUCUAUAUGUGAAUUCAUCACAAAAAUCAAUAUUUUACAAACAAUCUUCAUAACUUCUAAUACUGUUUUUUUCCUAGAUCAUAUAGAUUUACUUGAAAUUUCCCAACUAGGAUGUUUUGAUUACAUAAUUUCCUAAGUUAUUCUAGAUUGAUACAUUGCUAAAUUACUCUAGACUGCUUGAACAAUUAAUGGUGAUUUAUGUGAUUUAUGUCAA